AACUACAAAAGACCUACAAAACACAUGACACCUCACAUGUAUAUGCCUCGCUGUUUGUCGGCAUUCAAAGAUGGCAGCACGUGACACAGCCACUAUCAAAGAAUACACGCAUCGAUGGACCAAUGGGGCAAGUUAAUUGUCUCCCCCUUUCAUGCAUCCAAUGAAGGCAGGCCUCCCUCCCGUCCCUCACCUCCUCCCGACCAUGGGGAGGAGGGCGCUUUCGUCUCCCUCAGUCAUUCAAUGCGAACGCGGAAGGACGAUGGCCUGGGUAUCGGCCACUGAGGGAAAACGUCUCUCAGGAAGUUGAGACAUGCGUUGCGUCGUCCCCAGCUGUUGUGGCUUUUGGUCAACGCAUCGUUCCCUUGCGGCCCUUCUUUGACCUCGACGUCCUCAACAAUCACACCUGUGUACAAGGAAACAUCAUGCAGCCGUCAGUCAGGAACGCUGGAUGAAUGGAUAGAUGGAUGGACGGCUGGUUCGUCAGGGUGUCUUACAUGCCUCCUCCUCGUCGCCAUUCAGGUGUGCCGCGAGCCAAUUGAAGCAUACGUCUUCGCAAUUGAGUUCUCCGUUGAUGAAGUCAAUGACAGGCCUGCACACACAAGUGUACCGUCAUGACUUGAUGUGCAUACAAUUUGCUGGAGCGCCAUUCGAGGGGCUUACCUAGGUAUGAGUCUCCUGUACGCAUCCAUCAGUGACGUAGGCACAAGAGCAGCGCUCGUUAAAGCCAUGUUGUCCUCUUGCCUCUCCGUGGGAUACAGCAACGUGUCUGAGCCGAUGACACAUUUAUGAAUCGACCGCCGCACCUUCACAGGGCCGAUAAUUCGCUGAGGGAAGCGCUGAGCUGCCAAAAGGAGCUUGUGGAUCUCGGCUGCACAUGCAGCCGAGAGAACAAUGCAGCGUUGGAUGGAUCCAUUCUGUGUGACGGUCCCUACCGCAAUGCAGGAGUUUGUCGUCGUCCAGCACGAGUGUGAAGGGUGUCUGGAUGUGCUCGCCAACGAAGUAUCUCUCCCCCAGCCCUCUGUCUCCCGGCAAGAUGCGCGCCUUGGUCGUGUUGACUUUCCUGAGAUGGUUGUGCAGCUCAUUGCGAAAAGCCUCCAGAGAUUUCCCAGGGGGAGUCCAUACAUCGAGGACAAUCUCUCGGACAAAGCUGCAGUCUUCAAGACGCGCUUUAACACACGACAUGAUCCAACGCAACGCACGGAACGGUCCCAUCCGCACAGCCACGGUGACGGACCCCUGCAAGGCGGAAACAGAGUGCCGUUCUGCGCUGCUUCUGAUUCGCUCUUGUGCCACACCUGGAGGUCGUGUAUCGCAGUGUCGUUCAUCCCCAAAGUCAGUGUAGUGGACCCGCCGGUUGAGCCUUUCCUUCUAAUGUGGGAUGCGAACCUACAUCGGCCUGGCCCAGUAUAAUCGGGGACCCACUGAUCCAAUGUCACCGUCCUCAAUGCAGAGAAGUCGUGAUCUCCUCCGGCUGCGGCAGCCUGUCUGAGGCCGUUCCAAGUCCUCCGCCUCAACAUUCGGAGCAACAGCAGGGCUGUUGUUCCCGAGAGAAGCGCCAGGAGCAUGAUCCGAAGCGGCCAGCAGGCCUGCUUCGCUCGGGCAAGCAUGGCUACAUUCGAAAGCCACACUGUACGGCGCUCGAGUUGCAGGCACGAUCAGUGAAAACACCACACAACUAUGUGCGGAAAGGGGCGAAUGCGUAUCCCGACAGCCGAGGAGGGAAC